AUGCAGCUUGAGCUCUUAUCUUCAAUAUUCGACUGCCUUGUGUAUCCGAACACGCUGCGUGAGACUUUGAAAACCUCUUGUAUAUCUGACCUUGAUCCAACACGAUUCAUUACGGCAGCCAAGUUGCUGGUGACCUGA